UUGCGGUUCAUUCGCCAUUUGCGCUACUGUCUCCCCCUAAACCAUUGGUCUGUAUUGUUUCGUGUUGUCCAUCGACUAAAAAAUGACCACAGCCGGGAGACCAACAUGGGAUACUGCUAAAGGUAGUAGGGGAAAGUGGGAAGGUGAUUUAAGUGCAUUGUCCAAACAGUACUCUGUUCGUGACUUACCGGCACAUACAAAAUUGAAAUUGCGUCAAGAAGGACAAGGAAGACCUGAAGAUAUUCAAGGAAAAGAUUUUAAACGUGCUUUGGAAGAAAAAGAGAAACGAUUAGCUCAAGAAAAGUCGGGAAGGCCUUCAAUAAAUGCCACUAGCCAACAACCAGCAAUUACCAGUGCCAAACGACCAAGUUCUGCUACUGUCGCACCAACUAUUGAUAGUAGUACUAUAGGAAGUAUAAAACGUACACGACCUGAAACAACCACUACUGUCUCAACAACUAAUUUAGACGCUGAUGACCCAUGGGACGAGGACUAUGAUGAAGAUCAAGACGAUGUAAUUAUCAUUAAGAAAUCGAAUCAUAAUAAAAGUAAGAAUUCAACUGAAAAUAAGUUUGAUGAUGAUCAAAAUGAUGGUGAUGACGAUGAAGAUGCUGACAAUGAUGAUGUCGACGACGAUGAUGAAGAAGAUGAAGAAAUGCUCCUAGCUGAACUGGCUAAAAUCAAACGUGAACGAGCUGAAGAAGCAGCCCGUCUGGCUGCUGAAAGGAAAGCAGCUGAAGAAACUAUUCGUAUGGAAAAUAUAUUGAAAGGAAAUCCUCUUUUAAAUUCAUCUAAUUCCUCAGUGAGUAGGAAAUUUAUGACGUCUCGCGACUUAAUGAUUUUUACAUACAGUGAACUAUUUAACUUCUACACAACCAACCAUCCAAAUUGUAUGAAACAAUUUAUUAAUCUAAUUCAGUACGGCUGUGUCGGUCAUCUAUCUUCAAACCAAUUCACAUUUAUCAUUCCAGUAAGUUAUAAAUUCCAGGAUUGAAAUGUUCACAAAAAGAUUGGUUCACCAUUGAUUGAUCAUUGUACUUACCGGGAAAAUCGAUGUUAUUAAUACCAAAUGAGGAUAAUGAGGGAAUAAUAAUGCGAUAUAUCUAUCAAGCACCUUUAUUAAAGAAUUUUCCUGCUUCUCAAGUUCCAGUAACUAUUCAAAUAGUUUAUUGAGUAACCAGCUCUUCGGAAAGCUUAAAAAUCAUAGAUUCGUUCCGAAAAGGGUAAUCAUAUAUAUAUACAGAUCAUAAGUCUUUCAGUGGGUCAGACGUCUAGUGCUGUCAUAUUCCCAGUAGUUGUUCAAACAAGUUAUGAUUGUAGCAUGAAGAAGACUUUCGAUAUUUUAUUAAUUGAUGAAUGUUAUUGUUUACUAUGUUCAUAAACAGUAUAGUGUAUGAAAUACUGGUUUAUACAAACUAACAGAAAGAUUUAAAGGAUUGGUACGCAAUGGUAAAAAUCAGUGGCAUUAGAGUACAAUAAUUUUUGGAAUGAUUCGUAACUCAAUCGGAUGAUUUCAGCGGUGUUGUACUCUUUAAUCUGAAUGUUUCUACAUGAAGUAGGCGCUGGUGAUUCUAUCAAGAACAACAAUCAAAGCUUCACAAUUAAAUCAUCCAUCUCGGAGGACUCAGUAUCAUCCAAAACAGUACCUUUCUGUUGGCUUAUAUUAUAUGUUGAAGUUACUUACUUAUGCCUGUUAUCCCUCGUGGAGGAGCAAAGGCCUCCCACCAGCAUUCGCCAUCCAACUCUGUCCUGGGUGAUCCUUUCCAGUUCUUCUCAGUUACUAUUCUUCAUUUUCAUGUCUGCUUCCACUUCCCAACGCAGUGUGUCCUUUGGCCUUCCCCUUUUUCGUUUCACUUCAGGAUUCAAAGUUAGCGCUCGCCUCGUGAUGCAGUUUGAUGGUUUUCGCAACGUAUGUCCUAUCCAUCUCCAUCGUCUUUUCCUAGUUUCCUCUUCAACUGGGAGCUAAUUUGUUCUCUCCCACAAUAGGUUGUUGCUGAUGGUAUCUGACCAACAGACACUGAGUUUCUUGCGUAGACAAUCGUUUAUAAAUACUUUUACCCUUUUGAUCAUACUUGUAAUAGUUCACCAAGUUUCAGCUCUGUACAGUAGAACUGUCUUGACGUUCGUA